GUCUAACCUAACCUAACCUAACUUAACCUAUAUCUAACCUACAUCUAACCUAAAUAUCGCUUUUAGUUAGCGGUAUUUAUCAGUUAUGGUGUAUUAUGCUGUACGUAUGUUAAACACGUGUCCGGCGAGUAAAUAGACAAAUCUAUUUUUUAUCUGCGAUCUGAAAGAUAUUGAUAUAUUUUAGCGAAUAUGAGCGAAGCAAAAAAAGAAGAGAAAACGUCACUCCGCAAUCAUGAGUGGAUGAUUAGACCGUGUAUGGUGUACAAAGAUGAGUAUGACGAUUGCAGCAGUAUAAAGGCUCGUUUCCAUCAAUACUUCAUAUUCGGCGAAACAGUCAACUGCAAACAGUGGAAGACCGAUUAUAACAAUUGCUAUCAAUGGGAAAAACACAAAUCGGAAGAGGCAUAUGACGCGCUGAUCAAGAGCGAGAAGCAACGCCGAUUUAACCGAUUGCAUGCGCAUUAUCAGAACGACGUAUGGGAGAAGAGGAAGAAACCGCCAGAGAACUGGAACACUCCUCUGCCCGAAUGGAUGCAGAAGGAGUUUGAGAACUCGUAUCUGCAUAUACGAAGCAAAGAGAUGAAGCAGGGCAUAGAGGUAUCUCCUCUCGAUACAAAAUGUACUAUAUUGUAACAGCAGAUUUCUUAUGUUAUCUUAAGAUUAAACGUAGCUUGUACAUACAUGUAUUUAUUAUUUAAAGUCACAUGUGUACAAUAAUACAUAUGUAAAGUUUUGCAGUCUGCGAAUAAAUAUACGAUCAUGGCA